AUGUCGUCCUCAAAUAAGCCGGUGCUGCUAUUGGAGUGCCUCCAGCACGUCCUCUCGUUUCUACAGUUCAAUCAAGUGCCGACCCUCUUAUCUCUUAUGCGCGUCAACAAGACCCUCUUCCAGCUUACCGUCCCGAUCCUCUAUCAGAACCCCUUUCUGCUCGUGCGCACCCACAGAUUCCUGUCCGAGGACGAAAAGGCGGACAUCCUCGUCGUCCUUCUGCGCCUCUUUAUCUCCGAGCUUGACCCAGCUCUCCAGGAGGAGCUGCCGCCUAGGAUAGCCGACGAUGACGACGAAGAUCAGGACGAGGCAUCGAACGACUCUUCAGUCGGGCGGACACUAGAAAAGUCAUUCUCAGCACAGAACGGCGGCUACUUUUACCACUACCGGCGACAAGACCACGCUUUCCUCGCAGCGAAAGCGAUCCCUCGUCUCUUCGGAACGAUCACCCGCGUUCAGAGCCGGGCCAUUCUCGCGCAGCUGGACGUGCUCUUUCUCAAGCAUUGUGGACACCGAGUUGUCUCGUUUUGUCUCACAUCGACCCAUGUGCCGCAGUUCUACAAACUCAUCCCAGUCCUGGGCUGCCUCAAACGGCUAGAGGUCCAUCAUAUCAAGAAGAUCACGGAGUCAAGUCUUGCAGCCCUAGUCGACUGGAUCAGACAGCACGACAAUGUCCACGGCACGCUAAGAGAGCUACAGAUCGGUGGAUUAACAGAAUUUAACGACUACGACGUGGGCGAUCUGAAGGACCUCAUACAGCUGCCCUUGGCCUUUAAAAACCUAUAUGCAUUGGACACGAGAUCCUGGAGUGAAGCGUGGACGAUGAUCGACCAAAUCCCUGUAGAGGCACUGGAAAGACUUGUUCUGGACUAUGGAGAAGGCCAUGCACCAAAAAAUGGCACCAAUUUUUUGCUGCGGUGUAGGUCCCUAAAGUACCUCGAUUUAUUCAUCCCGGAACAUGAUACUUUCAUGGGGGUGGCCCGACUCUUCAAAGUCCGACAUCAAAUCAUAACGCAAGAUGACCCAGAUACAAUACUGGGGACGUUUUCAGGAGGACAAGAAGCUGUGGUGCCGCCAGUCGAGCGACUUUACAUCUCGGGCAACCACGUCAAUCUUCGUAACGCUCUCGAGGAUGCAGGUGUGGGUUUGAGUCAGUCGUUGAGGGUUCUGAAGGCAACAUCUUUCGAGCGGCAUCGCGCAACAAAGUCUUCUCUUACCUGGGGCCGGCCGCUCGAGAUCCAGAUGCCGUUUCUUCAAGAUCUCCAGUUCCAUGGAGAUAUUGCACUCGAAUUCGAUUUCAGUCUUUUACGAUGCUGCCCUAACCUGACAUCACUCAAGCUGGUCGUGAACGGGGAUGAGUCCUGUGGGCAGGAGGGGAAUCCGCUGGAUGGAAUUCUUUCUCUGAGCAAGCUACAGACACUGCAGCUUCUGGGACGUUGGCCGCUAACAAAAGGGUUCGUGCGGGCGAUUCCAGUUAAGUUGACGGGGUUGAAGAUCCUGGACCUAGCAUGGUGUACAGAAGUUCAGUUGGAUGAGGUCAUGGAGGCGGUUCAUAAGAUGGAGUUCUUGUGGCGAUUGGGGUGGGAUCUGGUGGAGAUUCAGGACCCAGAGGAGGUACUUGUGCGUUGGCAGACCCGGGCGCCGCAGAUACGUCUUGGAUUUAUACACUGGGACGAGUUCUUUGCAUAG